UUCUUCCGCCCCCGCCCCUGCCUGCCAGCUCCACCGGGCCGCAGGUGCGGACGACCUCAAAAUUCCUCGGCCCGCGAAGACCGCCAGCUGCAGGGAGCGGAGGGGAGGCGCGGUCCCGCAGCGCCCCCAGACUCAUGUCCCAGGUUGUGCCUUUUUAGCCAAGAAGCAUGGAGGUCAUUCACGGCAGGCCGUACUGUUGCAGGGAGCUUGAAGGAGCUGACAUACUGUCCAACACCUUUUACUCUAAUGAAUUGCACACCCCCCUCCAAACGACUACUCGCCCAACUGCAUCAGAGGACAGGUAUCAGGAAUUAAGGGAGUCACUUCAACAAUGUAGGCUUCCUUGGGGCGCUGAAAGAGAGUAUGGUGGGAUAAUACCGAUUUCACUCCCCGAGGACCACAGGCCAAAGUGUGAGCCUCCUCGUGUCAUGGGCAAAGGACAUCAGCAUUACGGAUUUGGUGGAGAAACCUGGCCAAGAAAGCUUCCUAUUGAACAAUUUUAUUAUUUGACCCAGAACAAAAAAAGUGAUCUCUAUGGAAAUGAUUCUUUGAUACCCAAACCGCCAAAUUCAACAGUAAGAGAGAUCUGCUUGCCAUAUCCAAUUGAACACCCCUACCACACACACACCUGUCGCGGCGCCAUGUUCCCCACCUUCACGUCACCUGAGGACCUCUACACAGGCAUUAAAGCCCGCGCCCAGCAGCCCUUUCCUCCCACGGUGCCAACCAAGGCUUAUGAUUCAACAGUUUUGAAGACAAGAGGUAAUCCUUAUAGAUAUGAACUGAUUGAUAUUCCCAUGGAUUCAAAGAAGAAAGCACUGACUUGGCCAGGUCAGGGUGUAUAUUAUGAUUUUCCUAGAGGUGUUGAGAAAAAUAAGCCAGUAUUCUACCCAAAACCUCCUAAAACCUUCGCUCCUAACACUUCUUUAAAUUCAUGGGACCCUAUUUGCUCUGCCAAAGAAGCCAACAUACAAAGAAAUCUUGAGAGGUCCCACUGGCUCACUUCAUACACUCAUGAUUUUACAGGUCUGGGGCCCAUGGACCCCCUUGAACUGGAUGAUUACCAUGAAAAGGUGGUAGCAGAGUUAACAGGACAGAUAGGAUUUGACCCAGAGCCUCAAGAAAAAUUCCAUCCUGUCUUCAAACCUCCCAGACCAUUGGAAGGACGAAUUGCCCGAUUAAUUCAGAACCGGCGUUCUCUGGAGGCUAUAGUCCAGCAAAGACCACGUUCCUGUCCAGACUGUACUCCUAGAGUUUUGUGUAAUUUUCAUACCUUUGUACCCAGUUCUAAAGAAAUGAUGGCACUUAGUGAUAACACACCAGCAGGUGUGACCCAUAAAAACCAGGAUAUUGAAGAGAAGAUUAUAGAAGAACAGAGCUUGCUGUCUACCUAUGAACUCCCAUCUUGUUACCCAACAAAAGAUCUGACUAGCAUUUAUGACAUAAAGCCAUUUCCAAAAAUCACAGAUACUAAAAAGACAGAAGAUUUAUACUGGAGACAGCAGUCACUGAAAACCCAACCCACACCUUACUGUAAACCAAACCACUGGAUUCACUACGAAAAUCUUAAAUCUCCCCUGCGUGAUCAGUAUAAUAUGUGUCCAAACCCUGUUAGCCUUAGUAAACCUAGUGUUUUACAAAAUAAACAAGACAUGGAAGCUUUCACUUUAGAACAUUUUUUAAGUAAGCCAGAAGAAGAGUUGGUCUUGAACAUGGAAAACAAUGAAGAAACAAGACCUAUUCUUGGUUGGAUUCCUAGAGCUGGAGUGACCAAGCCUCAGACCAACCUGCUGGAGCUUAAGAACUCUUUUUCAAAAACUGGUGCACAAAAGCGUUUCCAUAAAUCAAUUCUAGAAGACCAUAAAGACCUCAGAGAUAAUGAGCAUUCAGGGAUGAAGCACCAAUUCUAUGGCCAUAAUUCCUAUUAUUUCUAUAAUUGAGAUACUCAUUCUUCCCUUCAAAACCCGGCCUCUUGCAAGAAGCUAAAAAAUAUAACAGAGUUUCCUUCAUAUUGCUGGAUUUUGUUUUCUAGAUUAAGCCACAAGGACCUUGUUAAUGAGGUUUAUGCUUUCAGGAAUUUGUUAGUAUCUGGUUGGAGGAACCCAGAAAAGGUGAUGUUCUGACUUCUUGAAAAGUUUAACAAUUUGGCAAUAAAAUAUUAGAACUAGAAAAA